AUUUCCGACUUUUGGCCGUUUCCGCUAAACUGACUGAACAUCCGUGAAUAAAUAAGUCCCGUUUUGGGACGUUCUUUCACGACGGCGUGAGAACACUCAACUUGACGCUCUUGACUCGAUGGAGUCAAAGCGGAAAACCAAAGACAACAGAACUCUUUUCUCGUUCCCAAAGAGGAACCACUCUCGAGGGGUUGGCCUGAUUUUCUUCUGCCAGCGCCAUCCUCAUCAUUAUUCUAGGAUAGACACGGUGGUUAGACGAGAAGUCUCUUGCACGAAUGCUCCAGUCCCUUGCAUGUUGAAGUUUUCUCCCUGCAGCUGGUGCAUGGAUCGACACAUUCAACUUCGACUGCUACCCCUCACUUGAUCGACCGUUUUUGGUUGCUUUUGUCGCUUUGUUCUGUUGUGGUUCGUCGGCGCCGCCGCCAAGGAGCUAGCACGCUAGCUAGGCGCUUGGACGUCUUUCUCAGUUUCAGAGGGAGAAGCAGCUGUGGAAACGGAGGCUCAUUCCCGGCGUGGCUCUCUCUGUUGGUGGUCAUUGGCAAGCACGUCGACGAUCUGCCAUGAUGAAGAGUGAGAACGAGUCGGGCAUUGCUGGAACUGCAAACGGGCAGAGUGCCAGAACGGAGCCAGGCCAAUGCCCGCAUGAAUCCAAGCCUCAAACUCCUGCUGGCCCUUCUGAUGCUCAAGUUCCCUUCUUGGCAGGCGAAACAGCGGCAGCAACGACUCCUUCGUCUGAAUCUGCUUUGGGCCCAGGGUUUCCCUCCGAACCACUGUCAUCAUCGAUCGGUCAAACAGCCAAUGCAUCCAUUCCAUUCUUGCCGGGAGAUGGAGGAGCUACCAACGCGACAACUACCACCAGGUACUUCGAUACCCUUCGGAUACCUGAUGGAAACGGUCAAAGACAAACCCAACAAGUUGCACCCAACGGAUCUGGAUCUGCCAGUUCUGUCAAGCAAAGUAUAGAAAUGCCGUCGUCGUACAGUCUCGUUGAAAAAUCGCUAGCAGGCCAGCCAAAGGUCCAAGUUCCAGCUGCCCCCCAUGUUUCGCUGUCGGGCACGUCAAUGCUCUCAACUGUGGCUUCACAAAGACCCCUUCUGACUAUUGGAAAUGCAUCCUCCUCAUCUGGAGUUCGUGCAACUCCAAAAACGCAGCGACCAUUGCCAGCCAGCGCGGGACACACAGCAUCCAAAGUAGCUAUCCCCACAAGUGCUGCACACGUAGCUCAGCCUGCCAGCAAAGUCAAAACGGGCACCUCCCUUCGUCGUGGAAAGUGGACAGUCGAGGAGGAGGCAUAUGUAGCCAGGGUGAUUCAAGAUUUCAACUCUGGCUUCUUGAAUGCUCCGGCAGGGACCACAUUGCGCAGUUACUUGUCUGAAAAACUGCAAUGUGACCCCAUGAGAAUCACAAAGAAGUUUACGGGGGAUGCAUGUAUUGGGAAACGAGUGUUUCAUCCUGCCGUUCGAAAUCUUAGCAAUGCUGCAGCAAUAGAUAAGGCUCAGGCCGAGCUUGACGCUUUGGAACGACGGUGGAGGCGACGGCUUGAAAUGCAGCAACGAGAGUCUGCAAAGAAGGCCGCUGCAUCGGCGGCUGCGGCGGCGGCAGCAUCAGGUCGAAAUCAUGGCUUUGUCACGAAUGGAGCUCUAGGCAGUGGCCUUGUGGGGGCUCCAACAACUGGAGUCAACGGAGGGGCCCUUGGCGCACAAGCCACUGCUCCUGCCAUUGGAGUAACACAAACAGCCUCAUGGCUCGAUCGCGCCUCCAACAUUCUGAAAGAAACUGGGUCUCGACAAACGGGGGUAUCAGUUCCUUGUUCCAAGCAAAAGUUCUCGCUCACUCAGGAACAAGCGCAAGCGCUCCAGUCUCUUCCGCGGAAAGAAAUUGAAAUGCAAAUGAAGGAAGUUGAGAGGCUGAUCCAUGAAGGCCCCAUCAUCCAGCAAACAAGCGCUGGACUCCCGCUUGUCUUACACCAAUCUGCCGCGGAAGCUGCUGUACCGCCCCCACCAGUUCCGAAAACCAUCGUUGCGAAUGCUGCAGGAUGUUCAGCUGACUCUGAUGGGCAGCAAACCCCACCCGAACCCGCCGACAAGCGAAUGCGCACUGGAGCAGAAGAUGCAGAAGCCCUUGUUGGGUUCUUGACCGCGGUUCGGGCAUCAGCAGCAGCCGGGACAGAUUCCUUCUCUGGUUGACUUGAUUCAGAUCCGGACACAUCCGACAGCCCCAAGCUUUAUCGCCAUUUGGCAAAAUGCAAAAUGAUCUGCUACGCAUGUACCAUAGGAGACGGCUCUUGAGAAAUCUAUGAGCAAUACAGAAAGAGGAUUCCAUUAUUCAGAGGCAAAAAUCUAAGAGUAAACUAGCACAGCUCUCACGGGAAGAGCAAUUUUGGAACCUGAAUAUCACUGAUCACAGAGCAUGAUAUAAGUCUUUGGACAAGACACCAGGAACAAGUAUUGCAAAAGGGAUGUAAUAUCCAAAGGACAGGCGCUAACAUGACUUCGAGGAAGCGAACACAAAAGACACGGUUUCAGUGGUUCGUCGAUUAGUGCUUACGCUUGCGUUUGUGCUUCUU